GGAAUCAUACAUUGCAAGACAGCAUGGACCUCAAACACACAAAGUUUGUCUUUCAUGCGAUAAAUGUCGCAGUUCUUUUGGUAUUGUUCGUACCCUGUGUAUUGUCUUCAGAGUGUCGGACGUCAUACAGACAGUAUGUAUCGUUAUAUUCAAGUAGCAGACACACUUCUAGCUGUCAGGCUAAGGAAGCAUAUCUUAACAAUGAAGAGACCUAUUGCAAGGGAUGGUGUGUUCUUCGCAGUGAUGACGACUGGCUGCAGGUUAAGUUUAAAGGAGAUGUGCUCAUUACAAAAAUCUCAACAAAGGGAUCUGGGAAGUAUGGCGGCAAUGUGAAAAGCUAUUAUUUGUCGUUUAGUGUCGAUGAGACCGAUUGGUGGGACUACAUGAUUGAUGGUCAACUUAAGGUUUUCAAUGGAAAUAUGGGAGACAGAAACACUGCUGUACAACAUGACCUUGUUGUACCAGUUCGUGCGACGUUCAUCCGUUUUAAUCCGAUCGACUCUUUAGGAAAGUAUACGUGCCUUCGAGUUGCUGUCUGGGGAUGCUCUGCUUGUGGGGAACCUUUGGGAAUAGAAGAUGGUCGAGUUCCUGAUUCAGCCAUGACGAGCACUAAGCCCUCUUUAGAUACAUUCGAGCCUUACAGGGCCCGUCUUAAUCAGAACCUCGGCAAUGGCUCGUGGUGCUCAAAAAAAAUCGACAUUGAGGAUCAUUUGCGCAUAGACCUUGGACAGGAGUAUAUCAUUAACAAGAUUGCAACAGAAGGAGGGCCUUUCUCGAUUAAAAAAGUGUUCGUUAACAAAACUGCCCCGUGCAAUUCAACAGAUCCUAAUUUAAGGAAUAUUACUGGCCCAAAUAAUACAGUCAUAAGUUGUUAUGUUCCUGAAUUGGUGAGCAAGGGAGCCUGGGUAGAGAAAUACAUGAUUGACUAUAGCCUGGACGGUGUUGUUUGGAGAUCGUAUGGCAGCUAUGGCUACAAAAACCGGGAAUUUUUUGGAGUUGAAGAAUACCCUGGGAAAAAGAUACAAAUCAUUUUUCCUACUGUGAGAGCACGACAUGUUGCCAUUAAACCCACAAAGUGCAAACAUAAUCAGUGUCUAAGGCUGGAACUAUAUGGCUGUGAAGCUUGCCGUGAACAGUUAGGUAUCAGUUAUGGCAGAGUUCCCAACGACCGCAUGACAGCGAGCAGCUCGUCAGGUCCCAAUAUGCCUUGGAAUGCUCGGCUAAAAAAUCCUCAAAAAGCAUGGUGCUCGAAAAACUCAGAUUCGUCUCCAUUUCUCCAAGUGGAUUUAGCUAUCACACACAAAAUUGUGUCUAUAGAAACGGAAGGGUUCCCACUUCAAAGUUCUUGGGUUAAGCAGUACAAAGUUCGAUAUUCUGUCAAUGGAGAUGAAUGGUUCUUCCACGAAGAAAAUGGGAUUACCAAGGUAUUUACUGGAAAUUCCGAUGCUGAAACAGUCAAGAACAAUACUUUCUCUCCUCCUAUUUAUGCUGUGUUUGUUCGUGUUAUACCAAAGAAUUGGAACGGGAACUCUGCAUGUAUGCGAAUCGAGCUGCAUGGAUGUCCUGUUGCUUCUGAUCCACUUGGGUUGGAAUCUAAAGAAGUCACUUUGCUAACGGCAAACACGUGGCAUAGUCGUGCUGAAGCUCACAGAGCAGGACUCAGAUCUUCAGAUGGGUGGUCGGCAUCAGUGUACACCCCACCAAAAUUCACGUUUUUACAAGUAGAUUUUGGUCCAAGUCGUGCAAUAAUAACUGGGAUAGCGACACAAUGUUCUAAGAAUUGGCAUUGCACACAGAAGUACACACUUCGAUACAGUGAUCUUAGAUUGCAUUGGACGACAUACGUGGAAAAUGGAAAGACUAGAGUGUUUGACGGAAAUAACAUCACUUACCCCAUUCUUCGUCACAAUUUUCGUAACAACAUCACUGCCAGGUAUCUCAUGCUGGUUGUAAAACAAACUAAUCAGCGAAUUGGCGUACGAAUGGAACUCUAUGGACAGAAAGUUUGUGAAAACCCACUUGGAAUGGCAAACGGCUUAAUAAAGAACAAUUACAUUUUGGCUUCAUCCAUCAAAGACGGUUUCAAACCAUGGAAAGCAAGGCUACAUGGACCUGAGGCGUGGUGCGCUAAAAAGAUGGAUUAUCGCGAAUAUAUUCUUAUACAUCUUAUAAAGGUUCAUAGAUUGACCGCUAUUGAGAUUCAAGGAUACCACAAAAAUGACACAUACAUAGCAUAUAUCAAAGAAAUUUAUAUUAGUUAUUGGGAUGAGAGGAGUUUUUGGACUUGGUAUUUGUUAGGAUCCUCGUCAGCAGCAAAGAUCAUCGCUACCAAUCUUGAAACAGGAAAUCUUCCAGUAUUUAUUCCACUUCAUCCACGUGAAAUUGUAACGAGACAGAUUAGGAUUCAUCCCAGAACUGGUGUUCGUGAUGCAUGCAUGAGACUUGAAAUAUAUGGGUGUCUACAAGAGUCUCCAUGUUCAUCACCUGUCGGGAUGAAGAGCCAUCGUAUUCCCGCAGAAAGUAUCGCUGCCAGCUCGGUGCUGGGUGAUGAGUAUCGUCCCACGAAUGGCAGAUUAGGGACUAAUACCGGGUUUGGUGCCUGGUGCGCCGCCAUUCAGAAUGACCAGCAGUUUCUUCUAAUCGAUCUAGGGUUUGUUUAUAAGAUCACCGGUAUAGCUACACAAGGGAAAUAUGUCCUGUCGGCAGAUGACCUUGGAUUUGCUGGAGUGCAAUCGUAUAAAGUGGACUAUAGUCAAUAUGGCAUUCAUUAUAGCAGUGUUACAGACCCGAAUGGAACACCCAAGAUAUUUCUUGGCAACGGCUCUCAAAACGUAACCGCCACACACACUUUAGACAAGGCUUUUAAGGGGCGGUUUGUUAAGUUCCGUCCACUCACUUGGCACACUAAAGUGUGUAUGAGAGUCGAAUUGUAUGGGUGUAAAGACUGUUUUUCACCACUUGGCAUGGAGGACGGGAGAAUUCCCAAUAACCAUAUCUUAGGCAAUCAUUGGAGUAACCAUGCGGACCCAAAUAGAGGACGAUUUAAUCACCCCGGCUACCGAUAUGGAUACACUUAUCUUUUCGAUGAUUUGUCUUUCAUUGAAGUACAGUUUCCCGAUAAAUCUAAAUAUGUAUCAGCUGUAGCUGUCGAAGGGACAGAAUCGGGAGCUAUCACGGCAUACACUGUGUCUUAUAGUCCUAAUGGCGCUGACUGGCUGGAUUAUAAAGAAAAUGGAGAAACAAAAGUCUUUGCUGGACCUUUUGACAGAUUUAUGGUAAAAAUGAACGUAUUUGCCUAUAGUAUAAAGCUGAAGCACAUCAAGCUACAUUUCGUACAAAUGUAUCUCAACGCACUUAUUCGACUUGAACUAUUCGGAUGUUCAGAGUGCACAGAUGCAGUUGGACUUCAUAGUAGACACCUGUUUCCAGACGGCAACUUUUCUGCUUCAUCAACUGACACUACAGGGAAGCACUAUGCAUACAACGCAAGGCUUGGUUAUAAUGGAGGAUGGUGCCCAAAAACCGCUAAUUCCCAGUAUCUAGAAAUCAAUUUUGGGAAAGCAAUACGUAUUUGCCAAAUUGCCUUUCAAGGGAAUCCCGUUACCAAGGAAUGGACACGUCAAGUAAGAACGUUCUAUCGCAAUGAUGACGAUGGUUGGAACAUGAUUUUUACUCGAAGUGGGCUGUCGGAUAUUAACAUCAAUACUGAUGAUACAUCUAUCGUUCGAAUCUAUUAUAAGUUUCCUGUUAAAGCAACUCAAGUAAAGUUCUACACCAUUGCAUGGCAUUACCGAUCAUGUUUAAGGGUAGAGAUUUAUAAAUGCCAAGACUGUCCUAAUGUUUUAGACUAG